AUGUUACAACGUUAUUCAGUUAAAAAAAGUUUAAUGGAAAAAGAUUUAUUAAGAUAUGCAAAUGUUAGUUGGCCUCAACAUCGUAUACCUCGUAUAAUUCAUCAAACAUAUAAAACAUAUAAUAUUCCUGAAAUUUGGAAUACAUCUAUUCAAUCAAUAAUCGAAACAAAUUACAAAGAUUUUCAAUAUCAUCGAUGGUCUCAUGAAGAUAUGCGUUUAUUUGUUCAAAAACAUCAACCAGAAUUUUAUCGAAAAACUUAUGUUAAUUAUAAAUAUGAUAUGCAAAGAAUUGAUUCAUUUCGAUAUGUAUUAAUGUAUCAUGUAGGUGGAAUUUAUAUUGAUAUGGAUAAUGGUUGUAAUUAUCCAUUGAAAUAUAUUGUUACAACAAUGGAAGCCUUAGAUCCAUAUUCUCCUUAUCUUGCUCUUUUUCCUGCUGAAGAUACAUUUGGUCUUCAAACCGAUUUUAUAAUUAGUACAUCUAAUCAUCCAAUAUUUAAACAAUUUAUUUCAAAUUUACAUUUAUUUAAUCAUAAUUAUCUUCUUCAUCAUCUAACUAUUUUACUUAGUGCCGGUCCACUUUACGCAACUUUUCAAGAAAGAUUUUUUAAUCAAACUGAAAAACAAAUUGUAAGAAUAUUAGAUAACCAAAUUUAUAACACAAUUUUUUGGAAAACUAAUGGAGGAACUUGGUUUGAAAGAGAUACUCUUAUUAUCCUCUAUAUUUAUUACAAUAGAAAUACAAUUUUAAAAUAUUGUAUUAUCAUUCUUAUCUUUAUUAUUAUAAUUAUUAUCUUAUUUAAACGACGUAGAAUAGAUUUUCUAGUUAAAUUAACUAUUAGACAAUCAAAUCAUAUUUUUUAUCCAAAGAAUUUUCGACGAAAAUUUCUUAAAUUAUUUAAAAACAAGAUUUCAUCUAAACAAAUAACAUAA